AUGAAUCUUUUCCGGCUAGCAGUCUAUGUGACACGCUACCUAGACCUCUUCUGGACCCUCACCAACACCGAUUAUGCCUACAACACAAUUAUGAAGCUCCUCUUCAUCGCCUCCUCAGGUUACACCAUCUACCUCAUGACAACAGCCUACAAACCCACCCACGACCCCAACAUCGAUACCUUCCGUGUGCAGUACCUCCUCGCUGGCUCGAUGGUCCUGGCCCUAAUCUACCCCUACAAAUACACACCGUACGAGAUUCUCUGGGCUUUCAGUAUCUGGCUCGAAUCCGUUGCCAUCCUCCCGCAGCUCUUCUUGCUACAGCGAACUGGCGAGGCAGAAACCAUCACCACACAUUACCUGGCUGCGCUGGGACUGUACCGCGCCUUAUAUAUCCCGAAUUGGCUCUGGAGAUAUUUCGCCGAGGGCCAUUGGGAUGGGAUUGCUGUUGCGGCAGGGCUUGUACAGACCGUGUUGUAUUCGGAUUUCUUCUGGAUUUACUAUACCAAGGUUAUGAAGGGGAAGAAGUUUGCCUUGCCCGUGUGA